AAAUGUCGCAAAAUUGCAGCAAAACUGGGCAUUUUUAUGCAAAGUGCCAUAAAAUGAUGGACGAGAUUGAACUCUCGAACCAGGAAGCUCUCCAAGAGGCAAACGAUGGGUUUGUCCCGCUGCCAAACAUGGACUUUUCGGAUGACGAAACGGUUCCAGAAGUGCCGCAAGGCCAAGCUACGACAUCAAGCACUGCCGGAACAAGUGCUGAAAACGUCGCGGAUGAUGCUGAUGAUUUCGACCACGGGGAACAUUAUCCGAACGGGGAGGACAGCGACGAUUUUUAUCACGGCGCUUCCGAUGAGAAUGACUCUUAUGAGAUCUUUGACCAUCUAAGUUUGUUGGAUUGUCUUAGAUUCUUUGCAAUUAAGAGUCAGCUCCCCCGUUCGGUGGUCAAUAUGCUACUGGCGAUCCUACGGAAGAAGGUAGAUGCCACUCUUCCAAAAGAUAGCCGGACUUUGGUGCGAACACCUCCCCGUGCUGCUGGCAGCAUUUAUAAAAUCGGGGGAGGUGACUUUUGGUACGGAGGAUUAUCGCCAGUCCUGACCAAGUAUUUUGAAAACGUCGAACCCCGAGACGAUCCUUUCAAGUUAGACGUAUCGGUCGACGGGCUACCGCUACAUAAGGGUGGGCCGACCCAGGUCUGGCCUAUUCUGGUGAAAGCGGUAGACUUGCCUAAGCUUCCACUCAUGUUGGUGGCCGCAUAUAGUGCCCAUACAAAGCCGGCAAGUGUGGAAGAAUUUUUGCGGCCGCUAGUGAAUGAUUUUAAUAUCAUUCAGCGAGGAGGCUUGACCAUCGGCGAUAAAACGUUGCAGUUUCGGGUACGCAAUUUUAUCGCUGAUACACCGGCUCGAGCGUUCAUAUUAGCAACGACGAACCACAACGGAUACGACAGUUGUUUAAAGUGCACUUGCCAUGGCGAGUGGUGUGAAGAGGGAAAAAAAUUAUUUUUGAUUCCGUCGAUGCUCCCCUUCGUACGGACGAAGGGUUUCGUGGUAGAGUAAUAUUGAACCAUCAUCAGGAGUGGCGUACACCUUUGGAAGAAUUAGAUAAUUUUGAUUUAGUCGAUAACGCUCCCACGUCGGAGCGUGAACACCUGUGUGACGAGGGGUGUACACGUUUUAUGCAACGGGGAUUUAUGUUCGGUAAAUUUCCCCGUAAUAAAAAGUGGACACCUCUCCUAAUGGAAGCUGCGUCUAAAUUUUUAAUGCAGACAAAGCUUCCUACUGAGAUCCAUCGAUCAUUUCGGCUUCUCAGAUAUCACGCCUUUUGGAAAGCUACCGAGUGGCGUAGCUAUCUACAUUAUGCAUCAGUUGUGGUUCUGAAGGACCUGGUUGAUCCAAUCGCCUAUGGUCACUUCCUGCUCUACUUUAGUGCUGUGACAAUU